UACAAUAAAAAAAAAUUAUAUACACUGUUUUUCCUCUCUUUUUCUUUUUCUUUUUUAAUAUAAAUAUAUACAAAUAUAUAAUGCGUUUCUAUUUAAUUUGCUUUAUUUUAUCAAUAUAUACUUUAUUUGUUAGAGCACAGAUACGAGCUGAUGAAACAGGCAGCGUACAACCACAACCUCAAGCAACUAACAAUAGUCCACCAACAGCAGUAGCGACAGCACAAACAUCUAUACCAGCUGGUAGUCUACUUUCAUCUAAUGGCACACAAGCCAAUGCAACUCAUUCAACUACAACCAACAAUGCUAAUCCAUUUGUGGGCAAACCUACUUACGCAUCAUUCUCCAAUGAUAUUCCACCUGCAUAUCUCACUUGGAAGAAACCAAUCCCUAAUCAAACUUUCCCACCACUCUACAAGAUUGGUGUCUCUAAUAUUACUUUUGAAUGGACAGUAGAUCCAAAUAUUCUUAAAGUACAGCCGGAGAAUUUAACAGUAGCACUCGCUAAUCCACAAAAGCAAACUUAUACAGCAACAGUUGUACCGGGAACAGCUACUUCAGCGUAUUGGGACUUGGCACACCUUCAACCUGGAUCACCCUUGAUGGUAGGAUAUUAUACAGUUUGGGUAUAUGAUCAGAGGGGACCUAAAGCAUUUCCUAGUCCUGGUUGGUUAAUGCCUGAUUCACGACUUAUAGUAGCACUUUAUUCAACCGAAGCCUAUGUUCCUAGAACUGAUUCUAUGUUUUGCCCUACUUGUUAUUUAGGUGGAGCUGGAUCAUUCCAUGAAUCGUUGAUGCCUUUAAUGACUGCAUUAAGUGUUGCAAUACUGACGUCUAUUAUCAUGCUUAUCUCUAUACUUAGAUAAGCAAAAAUCUCGUGUAAUGCAUUAUAUUAUUAUUUAUUAUAUAAACAAUGUAUAAAUUUCAUAUACAACUGCCCUUUUUUAUGAAACAUGAACAAAAAUAACCUAUUUCUUGGCUUCUAAAUUUAAUACUUUUAUAUACAUAUAUCAAUUUAAACAACAUAUAAACGAAAAAAAAAAACGAAUAAU